UCGAAUAAGCUUCCGCCCAUUUUCUACGCCGCCUAGCCUGACUAGAAAGGGUGGUCCAGCGGCGGAAGAGUCUGACGCUGUCCUGAAAGGGUGGGCUCGGUGUGGAAGAGAUGAAUCGGACAAAGGGUGAUGAGGAGGAAUAUUGGAACAGCUCCAAGUUCAAGGCUUUCACCUUUGAUGAUGAAGAUGAUGAGCUCUCACAGUUAAAGGAAUCCAAGAGAGCAGUGAAUAGUCUUCGCGACUUCGUGGAUGAUGAGGAUGACGAUGACCUGGAGAGAGUCAGCUGGAGUGGGGAACCUGUGGGAAGUAAAACUAGACCUGGAAGUUUCCAGUCCCUUUCUGAUGCUCUGUCGGACAUACCUGCCAAAAGCUAUGCUCCAGAGCUGGGCAGACCCAAGGGGGAAUACAGGGAUUACAGCAAUGACUGGAGCCCCAGUGACACAGUGUGGCGCCUCCGGAAGGGCAAGGUCUGCUCUCUAGAACGAUUCCGCUCCUUACAGGACAAGCUACGACUCCUGGAGGAAGCAGUCAGCGUGCACGACGGAAACGUCAUUACUGCAGUUCUGAUCUUCCUGAAAAGGACACUGAGCAAAGAGAUCCUCUUCCGAGAGCUGGAGGUGCGACAGGUUGCCCUGAGACAUCUCAUUCACUUCCUUAAAGAAAUAGGGGAUCAAAAGCUGCUUUUGGACCUCUUCAGGUUCCUAGAUAGAACAGAAGAGCUUGCGCUGUCUCAUUAUCGUGAGCACUUGAACAUUCAGGACCCUGAGAAACGAAAAGAAUUUCUUAAGACCUGCAUUGGUUUGCCAUUUUCAGCAGAAGAUUCUGCACAUAUUCAAGACCAUUACACCCUCCUGGAACGCCAGAUCAUUAUUGAGGCAAAUGAUCGACAUCUAGAAUCAGCAGGACAGACUGAGAUCUUUCGGAAGCACCCCCGCAAAGCUUCUAUCCUCAACAUGCCAUUAGUGACCACGCUUUUCUACUCGUGCUUCUACCAUUACACGGAGGCUGAGGGGACGUUCAGCAGUCCAGUCAACCUGAAGAAGACAUUUAAGAUCCCAGACAAACAGUAUGUGCUGACGGCCCUGGCUGCCCGUGCCAAGCUUCGAGCCUGGCAUGAUGUCGAUGCCCUCUUUACCACAAAGAACUGGCUGGGCUACACUAAGAAGAGAGCACCCAUUGGCUUCCAUCGGGUUGUGGAAAUUUUGCACAAGAAUAGUGCCCCUGUCCAGAUACUACAAGAGUAUGUUAAUUUGGUGGAAGAUGUGGACACAAAGUUGAACUUAGCCACCAAGUUCAAGUGCCAUGAUGUCGUCAUUGAUACUUGCCGGGACCUGAAGGAUCGUCAACAGUUGCUAGCAUACAGGAGUAAGGUGGAUAAAGGAUCUGCAGAGGAGGAGAAGAUUGAUGCCAUUCUGAAUAGCUCGCAAAUUCGAUGGAAGAAUUAAGUGGCAUUGGCUACCCUGAAACCUGCCUCAUUUCUUCUUUUCCUGCCUGUGAAAGUAGAGUGUGCUCUUCAACACAUCGCUUGGACCCAUCAUCAACAGGCAGUGCCUGCUACUCUGAGGACAGAAACCAGCGUCUGGGCACAGACAGCUUCAGACUGAUCUUCUGUCCAAGGAUCAUCGUCCAAGGGCCAAGAUCUAAAGCUUUGACUCAUGAGGAAGAUUCUCUCCACCUGGUGCUCACAUGAAGGUGGGAGUAAUUUCUAGAUUGGGCCCAUAUUGGGCAAGAUCUCUCUUGGUCUGGGAAAAAUGACGGCUCUAGAAAAGAAGUCAUCUAGACUAAGAGGUCAGGUGUCAUAGAGUGGCCACUCCAUUCCUCUCAGCUAAUUAUGACCCUGGACUUGGUGCUGGACAUUGGCAGUUCUGCUCUGAAUGAAGUCAGAAAAGAACCAAAAUGGCUUUCUCCCAAGGGACCUCAGGAAGGGGUGCCAGUAAUAGCCACGAACUGUUGGAGGUGCCUUCACACCAGACUGCACAGAGUUCUCCACAUAAUGACAGAGAUUGCCCAGAUGUCGUGUUUCUUCAACCAGUGCCCUCUGCUGCCCCAGUCUAGCCUCUGUCCGAGACUUGUGGUUCUUCUCUCACCUGCACACCAAGAUGGCCUUGUGUGGGAGAUAAGGACAUCCCCGUUAUCUUUUCCUCUACUUCUCCCACCCUAAACCCAUAACCUUUUAUGGAGCUCAGAUUCAGCAGUGCUGUAGUGCUCUUCCCUUAUGCACAUAUCUCAUUAUUUCACUAGGAGCUUCCAGAAGGUUCACCAGGGCUAAACUCAGCAGCAUUUCAGACGGUUAGGAUAUUAAGAUGGAGGUUUGAGUUUCACACGUGGUUUUCAACAGGAUAUUCUGUAGUACUAGCCUCCUGCCCUGUACCAAUAUUAGCCUCUCUUCUCUGUGACUGAACUGGGUUUCCCCGACAUGCCUAGACUCUAUUAAUAAAGCUUUUUCCUCCUUGGUGC